AGCGGAGUGAGAGAGAGGGGCAACAGUACACCCCAAUCCACUCAUUCAGUCAAUCAUAAGCCUUCUACCUUCUUCCCCGCACUCCCAAAAAGCCAUCUCAUCCAUCUUUCCGUUCUCUCGAGUCUCAACCACUCCGUACCGCUCCCAAUUUGCUAACCUGCACCUUCCUUUUGGUUCUUGCUUAGCAUAUGCACGAAGUCUCUCUCCCAGGCCUCGGACUCGGCGAUUCGAAAUGUCGGCCCCUGUCGCACCUGAGCAAGUAUGCUAUGUCCACUGCAACUUCUGCAACACCAUCCUCGUGGUUAGCGUCCCAGGCAGCAACUCCCUCAACGUUGUGACGGUAAGAUGCGGGCACUGUGCUAAUUUGCUGUCUGUGAAUUUGGGGGCUCUUCUUCAAACACUCCCUCAAGAUGUUCAGAAAUUGCAGAAUCAUAACCUAGGGUCUCAAGAUCUCAAUAUGGAUUGUGGGUCAUCUUCUAAAUGUGACAGGGUAUCCUUGAUGAACUCAAUGGAAGAUGUUCAGCAGCAAACAUUACCUAUUCGCUUGCCUGAGAAGAGACAGCGUGUUCCUUCUGCUUACAAUAGAUUUAUUAAAGAGGAAAUACGAAGACUAAAGGCUACAAAUCCUGACAUUAGCCACAGAGAAGCUUUCAGUGCUGCAGCCAAGAAUUGGGCGCACUUUCCUCAUAUCCAAUUCGGGCUGUCCGUCGAUGGGAAUAAACAACAAUAGCUUGGCGAGGCCAUUAAUUGCCCGUCAAGAUCGGAGCACAUGGCGAGCAGAUGCAUGUACUAUUAAGUUACUUAUCGAUCUUAUUUUCGUAUGCGUCAGAGUAAGAAGUCCUUGUCCUACAAUGAGCAAUGACCAUAUCUAGGAGCUAUUAUCGUGGGUUAUGUGACUUGUCGUCAAUCUUUCAAGACUUUGUGUUUGUAUGUGUAGCACCGUCAAUUGUUCUUGAACAGUUUGUGACCUAAUUUGAACUAUUGUUCAACUGUCUUGCUCGAUAAAGCUCAUCCAGAUAAACAGCUCAAAUAGGGCACUUCCAGACU